CCGUAUCGGCGCGCUGGCUUAUCGGGUUUUAUUUUUUUUUUUUAUUCGGAUAACAUUCCAGAACGUUUUGCUGACCGUGAGCCUCAUUGCGAGUUUAUUUGUCGAUGUCGAGUGAUGAUGAGUAGGAGAGUAACGCCUUUCGUGCCGCCAUUCCGCGUUUGCAUUAAUAUGUGAAUGUAAAGUUUAGCUUCCGCAUUAAGUUCUACGGGUCAUUAGUUUAUCCUAUCUAUCGUAGCUGCAAGGUUCACACAUUUCCAAAUACUUUCAAAAUUAAUCUAUUAUACAUAUAUACCUUACGUAUGAAUUUUUUUCAGAAUAAAAUUAGACAAAUCUAUUUUUGAUAUUUAUUUUUUAUUAAUAUGUGUAUAUGCACUAAUUAUUAUAUUAUUUAAUUUUGAUUUGAUAGAUUUUCAACGGAGUUAGCUUUUCAGGUGAAAAAUUUCGCGGAAUGUCGCCCUCUUUUAAUACGCGGAAUAUACGCGAAUUCCCGCGAAUGAUUCGUAAUUUGCUGGUAUACCAUCAUCACAUACGUAGUAUACGGGGGGGUCGAUGAAAAUAAAAGAUUCGUACGUAAAGUACUUGUGCAUACUAAACGAAUGACGUAAAACAAAUAGUAUAAAUCGGAUCGUGAGCGUAGUCUCACUCUCAAGAGUGACCUAUGUAAGUCUCAACGGUUAAAUAUGUCACGUAUCGACUUGAGACGAGGGCUGCGCCGCAACUUAUAUGUACGGAGAUGGUAAAGAAUCCUUCAUUAUUUAGGGCGACAGUCCUUACUUCCGUACGACAUUCGGUAUGCGACAGUCGGUUAAUGAUACUAUAUCGUGCUGGCACCACGAAAAUUAAGUGAGCUCCCAUUAUCGAGGCAGCCAUUCUACUUAAUAACAGUCCGCGUGAGCCAUGACCAUAUGAGCCCUGGUAGAAAUGUAACACGCGCUUUUUAACAGUCCUUAUUAUUUCUGCCGAGUACAACUGAGAAAUAAAACUACUUGGAAUCCGAAUCAAGAUGCUUUAUCUGCACAAAAAAUACCGCGCGCAAAGUUCACGCAUUUCAUUUACUGAACAAAAAUUGAUAACAAAUGGAUUAUCCAAUUGAUUAAUAAGCCAGCCUGAAAGCGUAUCUAUUAUUGUUAAACUGGACAGAUGUCUGUGCACGUUUUUAUCGGGAAAACCGUUUCGGUCACUGAAUAAAACUCUACAAAGUUCUCGUUCGUUUCUUAUGCAGUAUAGUUACAACUAAUGAAAAUAUAAUGCUACACGAUAACUGGAUGAGUACCUAGAAAUGAUAUAUAAAUUUUUACCAGAGAGAUACUUUUAGCACAUUUUUUAAUUAAGAUUGAUGACGUCAUUAUGAAUUGUCAAGUAAUUUUAAAAGAGAACUUUGUUUAGAUUUAAAAAUUUUCUCUCGUCGUUUAGGCAACCGAUUUUGUUGAUUAGCGACAGCGCGGCCUAAUUGUUUUUUUUAGGAGAGGAACAAGGCGGACCGGCGGACACAGCAAUUACCUGAGAUUGAACGAUCCAACUUUUGCUGUACAUCAUCUCUAUUAAAAACCCGACCGCAAGUCCGGGUCAGCAAUAUAUUAUCGACAUAUUGCAUCUGCUAGCGAGAGACAAGAUAAUCUAAUUGCGUCACAAUGAAAACGUUUAAAUUUAUUUCGUCAGCACAAACCGCCAUGUCACGUUCCGGUAUCUUCGUUCUCGUACUAUGGUCGCUGAUGAUGACGACGUGCUCCUUCGGAUUCACGAUGGAUCGUUCAGUAAAGCUUGUGCCACUUGCGUGGGAUACGGCACCGUCCUUGGACACUUAUCAAAGAGUCGACCCUGCGUUGAAGGACAAGAUCCAGACGACGAGCACGGACAAGAUCUCGAAAGUCGAGAAUGCAAAAAUGCCGGAAAGUAUGUCGGAAAAUCGGACGCGCGAGAAGAAAUCAACAACCGAGAAUGUCGGGUCGAAGCUCAUCGAGAUAAAACCUAUCGAUGAAAUAGCGUCGGCAAUGAUGAAUGACGCUCCGGAUUCUUCUGAGGGAAACGCUAAUGCUAUUAUUACUCCUCGAAAUGUCAUUUUGCUUCUGAUCGAUGAAAGGGGCCGGGAUGAGAAACUCGUGGAUGAGAACGAGAACUCGUGGAAAGAUUAUAAAGAAAGACUGCCCUUCGCGAUUGAAGGAUUUCUUCAAAGUUGCCGCAACAAGAUUGAGAGCCCUAAUUUUCAUAAGGACAAUGCGUCGGUUUCUGAAAAGGAAGAAAAAAAUUGCGAUUGCGAUGUCUCUCGCUCAAUUAUCGAAGGGAAGUUGUUAUCAUGGGCGAGACAAGCGAGAGGAAUGACAAUAGGUACAGUUUCCGGAAACAACUUCCCAUUCUUUCCCAAGUACAAGUCUAGUGGAUAUAAUGAAAGUAACGCGGAAUUGGAACUGUAUAAAAGAAAACGCGAUUCCAACGACAGUUGGCAAGUGAUCGAUCUUGGCGAUCGCCCGAAAUCUAUUUCCCCUUUAAUCGCAAUAGAUCCUAAAACAAGAGAUGCGCCAGAAGCAGAAAAGAUAAAUCAUGAUGAUGCUGCGUGGAAUAUGUUCGACUUAUUCUCCAAAAUAAGAAUGGCUUUCUUCCGUUCUCUGUUCGAGUUGUUGCGCAGAAAUGGCGAAAUGUUCAAGGAUGAGCUCUUACCGCACAAACCGUUCGCUCUUACACCUGCGACCAAUUUAAUUGAGAAAACCUUCAGGGAUCUGAAAUCUGUUCCAAACGAUAAGGGUUAUAUGUUAAUUGCUAGUGUACCGAGAAGCGAAGGAGCCGCCGCCAUCGAUCUUCUUGAACGCGAAGUUUCCCUGAAGGAUACUUUAUUAAUCGUGACGCAAAUCUGUGCCGGAAAUCAAAGCUCUGUUCCAUUUGUCGCGCAAGGACCGAAUAAGCAAAUUCUUCAAGAGGCAAGAUUUUUCGACGAGCUUCCGGACAUAAUAAAAAAAGCGAUGAUUGCGAACGAUUGCCAUGAUAUCGGAUGCACGAAUCGACAAAAACGCGUUAAUCCGAUUGUCUCGCAUAUGUCGACUGGCGAGAUCUUUCCGCAAGAUUUGCCAGCGCGAAUGCGAAUUACAAGAAACAAGAACGUUGAGAAACCGGUAAACUCGUCGUCGUAAUGUCGUGUUUUAAUGAUAAGUAAUUAUGCAUUGAUUAAAAUUAACGUAUAAAUUUACUUUAAUAUUAUCGUUUAAAAUCAAAUCACUUACCUUGCGGUUUUCAAAAAAAUUUAACAUAUAAAUUAGUUCACUUUCUAAAAUACAGAUUGUAUUAUUAAAGAAUAAAGUUUGUAAAAUUUAUGUAAAAAUGCACACAGUUUAAAACAUGAACUUAAGUAAUAACAAAAUUUUGUCGAGUACAAACUAUCAGUUAAAUAAAUAAAUAAAGAUAUUAAUUAAAUUAUAAGUUUCUUUAUUUGUGUUAUAUUUCAUGCUUAAUGCAUUUAAUUAAAAAAAAAAGAGGAAGAGUAAAGAAUUUUGUUAAAAAUUUCUUUAUUUAAUUUGACCUACAGAUAUAAUCUUUGAUAAAUAUGAGUAAAAAUGAGUAUUUCUUACAUUUUCUUAGGCUAACGUAAAAAUUGAACAAACCACUAUCGGAGAAGUGCAAGCCAAAAGUUCGGCUUCAUUGAAAAUGAUGCCGUGUGGCCUUGCUUAUGGUGUUCGGUGCCACGACCUCGAUCCUCACCAAGACCGAUUAAAUGCUGACAGAAUAUUUCGUACUCUGUAACAUUUUUUUUAAAUUUCUAUAUCUGUUUUUUCCGUUUACUUCUCAUAUCUAUAUUUUACGCAAUUUAUAGACGCGAGAAAACAAAUGAUUUGAAGAAAUGAUGAUUUUGAUAAUAUUGUACUUUCUUAAAAAAAAAAAAAAAAAAAAAAAAAA